AUGGCCGCGGUGCUCGGCGCGUUCGUGCCGGACACCGCGGUGCGGUGGCGCGGGCUGGUGACCGGGGAGGUGGCGCGGCGGAUGGGCGUCGCGCCGGAGGCCAAGACGCUGGUGGCGAGGCUGGAGCGGGUGGGCGCCGCGGUGCGGGACGCCGAGGCGCGGGCCGCGUGCGGGGACGACGGCGCGGCGCGGUGGCUGGCCAAUGGCCCACGACCAACAGCACCACCACCACCAGGCAAGAUCACCACUUUGCUUCACAUAGAGAGCUAUAAUCACGGCACUUCUGCACAGCGUCUGUUGCAGGUUCAUCCAUCCAUUGACUCGAUCCUUUUUUUCCCUGGCCGGCAGGCUCUUCCUCGGCUGCUAUCCUCCUGCUGCGACACGGACGUGUCCCGUGGCGACAUCGCGGCUGACAUCAACAACCUGAACCGGAGGCUGCAGGUCAUCCUGAAGGAGAAGCAUCGGCUUCAGCUCCGUUCAUCCCUCGUUGGCGAUCAUCACUCAGUGCCCGUGCGCACGGCACAUAGGCUCCGGAAACCUGAGAGGACCGGGGACAUCGUUGGCUCAAGGAUCGAGGAUGACGCGGCCGGGCUCGUCCGACAGCUGACAGAGACGGACGGGGGAACCGGCUGCACGAUCGUCGCCAUUAUUGGGCCCGACGGAAUCGGCAAGACCACGCUCGCCAAGAAGGUGUACGCCGGCGAGAGGAUACGGCGCGCCUUUGGGGCCAGGUCAUGGGUGCGCGUUCCAAGUGAGUACAGCGAGGCCGCCCUGCUCUCCCAGGUCAUCGACUCGUUCGGCGGCGACACCACGGGCGGCGAGAGCUUCGCCGACCUCGAGAGGACGCUGGUCAGGCUGGUGGAGAAGAAGAGGUUCCUGCUCGUGCUGGACGACGUGCGGUACGGCGGGCAAUGCUUCCUGUACUGCUCGCUGUUCCCCUCUGACCUCGCCGUGGACAGGCGCGUGCUCGUGCAGCUGUGGAUAGCUGAAGGCUUCGUGCAGAUCAGAGCCGACGCCAGUGUCGAGGAGGUGGCCGAGGAGUACUACGAUGAGCUCAUCACAAGGCACCUUCUCCAGCCGGGAGACGAAGAUGAACACGGUGGCGCCGCGUGGUGCACCACGCACGACAUGCUGCGAGCUCUGGCGCAGCUGCUCUCACAUGGUGAGGAGUUGAACGGAGACUCGUAUCGACUGCUGGUAGACAGCGAUGCUCCGUUCGCACCACGGCGUGUUUCACUCUCGAGAAGUGUAGAAAGAAACCUGGCUGCGGUACCUGAGAAGAUUCUCAAGUUAGAAAGGGUAAGAACGCUGCUUCUUCAAAAGAACCCACUUACGACUGAAGGAAGCAUCUUUUCAAGAUUGCAGCAUCUCAAAGUAUUAGACCUCAGCGAAACAGCAGUCGAGCUGAUUCCAGAGAACCUGGGCAAUCUUGUUUACCUGAGGUUCCUGAACCUGUCUCACACAAGGAUUCAGGCAAUUCCAGAAUCCGUAGGCAACCUGUGGAGCCUGAAAUUCCUUCUGCUAAGAGGGUGCAAGACACUGCACGUGCUGCCAAAAGGAAUAGAGCAUCUGAGAGGACUCAGGGACCUUGACCUUGCCGGCACAGUGAUCAAUGACGCGGCAUUCAGAGUAGGCCAUCUGAGAAGCAUCACAUCACUCUGCUGCUUCACUGUGACGAGCAAAGAGGCGUGUGCCGCUCAGGAUAGGAGCGGGUGGCCUCUGGAUGAGCUCAAGAACUUAUCUCAGCUGAGAACACUGCACAUACAGAAGCUUGAGAAGGCUGCUAAUCGAUCGGAGGCAACUGAGAUGUUACUUGAUGCCAAGAAAGAUCUCAGGGAGCUCGAGCUGUCGUGCAGCAGCACUGUCAGGCCACUUCAGACACCAGAGUUGGUCAGAAAGAUUGAGGAUAUCUUCGAAGAGAUGAAUCCGCCACUAUGCCUGGAGUCACUGAAGCUUGUAAACUACUUCGGGACAAGGUUCCCAAGAUGGCUAUCAGUGACCUUUCUGCCAAAUCUCCGUGAUCUCGACAUCGUUGGGUGCAACUUCUGCCAGUCUUUCCCUCCAUUAAGCCGUUUGCUAGAACUGAGAUCCUUGUACAUAGCAGACUCUUUAGCUCUGAAGGACAUAGGUGCAGAGUUCACAGGCACUGAACACCAACAUCAGGUGCCGUUUCCAAAGCUGGAAAACCUGCACUUCCAAGGGCUGAAGAAGCUCAAGACAUGGACAGACAUCGAACCAGGGGCAUUUCCAUCUCUGCAGGAACUUCAGCUUGAGAGCUGCCCCAAGCUGCACAAUCUUCCUAUUGGCCUCAGACAUGUGACAUCCCUGACGAAGCUGCACAUAGCGGAUAUGGCAAGCCUUGAGGCUGUGGAUGACAUUGCUACACUGAGGGAAUUGAGCGUUUGGAACACUCCUAAUUUGAAGAGGAUAUCAAACCUGCCUUCCCUCGAAGAUAUCAACAUGUGCCACUGCCCUGUGCUGGAGAGUGUGGAGAAUGUAGACGGAUUACAAACAGUGCACAUCUUUGAUCAUGACUUGCGGGACAUGCCCAAAUGGAUUGAGGCACAUGCUUCCAAGCUUCGAUCACUGAAUUUCACAAGCACAGUUAGGCUGCUGAAAAGGUGCUUGGUUGACGGUCCAGACUGGCCUGUGAUUAAGAACAUCAAGGAAGUUCAUGGGUACUCCACUGGUUCCAGCUACAUAUACUAUAAUAGGAGCCCAUAUAUCUUUGAGAGCAAUGUGAGUGAUGAAGACAACCUCAGUGUCAGAGAGAAUGAAGCAGAUCCUGAUAAUGCUGAUGAUAUUUCAGUUUCAUCUUCAGGUUCCAGUUAUCUAGAAAUCAGAGGAUUCUUUGACUCAAAAGUAUUGAAGGUAGGAACUACCAGGGCUGAAGAAAUUGUAUCGGGUAGGAAAUCAGAGGAUUCUUUGGGGAGGACCAUGCUGGGGCUCACUCAUCGUCGCUUGCACAAGCUAGCAGAAAUUGCUCCUGAAGAUGAUGAGGUUGAGGACGGAGCAGAUUCAGCUGUGCCGCUUCCUUCAAACCCAACAAGAGCUACAGCAUCUGCAGCAAAAGUUGGUUGUGUCGUGACUGAUAAUCAUAAUGAUCCUGGUUCAUUGUCAAAAGCUACAAGUCAUGAGUCUCAGUCAAUGACCAAUGAUGAAAUCUGUGAUGAUAACAUAGUGACAUCGGCUUUUCCCAGGCAAACAGAGUCCAAAACAGCAAAGGACGUUUCUUCUGAACCUAGCACUGAUGGAUAUGCUACUCUUACCGAAUCUGCUGCCCCAAGUGGUCAUAACUUGGUCCGACAAGGGUCUCAAGCAAUCAACAAUACUGAAAUUAGUCAAGAUUUUAACUUCACUAGUAUCCGAAGGAAAGAACAUACAUCCAAGAAAGGUGAAGGCACCACUGCUGAUGUUACUGUCACUAAAGAUGUUAGCCUAGUUCAUCCAAGGCAAGCGGUGGCAUCCAAUAAAGGAAAAGAUGAUUUUGCUGAUAACGCUGCAGUUAGCAUCUACUCAUCAGAUAUAGUAAGUCAGAAACACAUUAAAGGCCAGACUGCAACUUCUGCAAAUGGAAGCACAAAUGCAACUCCAAUGCCAGAAAAUCCAUCAGACAAAGAAGGACCAGAGAAAUCUGCUGGUGUCACUGGUAGCAGUUUCAUCCAUGAAGCAUCUCAUACAGUCUUUAUCAAUGAAACCACUCGAGAUCUGGCUUCCAGUUUAAUACACAGCAAACAACAGAUGUCAGACAAAGAGGGAGAAGUUUCUGAUGCUCUUGGUCCUGCUAAUGCUGUUGACAGCAAUGGAAAGCUGACGGAGGACGGCAAUAUCAGUUCGUCAGUCAAGCUAAAUCAUGAAGAAUCCAAAGCACUCUGCGCUAGUACAACUAACUGUGAUUCAGGGCCUUCCAAAUUGCUUGCCGGUUUAGCCUGCAGCAACCAACAGACGAUAAAGACGCUACAGGCAGCUUCUGCAGAUCAAAACGGUGGCACAGACGCUUCAUCAAAGAAGAAAAGUCUCGGCAUGGAAAGCAAAAUCACGGAGACAGCCAGCAGCAAAUCAGGGAAAUAUUCAUCUGGUGAAACAGCCAAGAACAUCAGCCUAUCCCUGCCGAAGAUAGCGGAGCCUGUGUCUCAACACAUUGAUAUCACGGCAGCAACCAUGAGAAAGGCAGAAGCCACCACAGUAAGGAAGGACUCAAUGAAUGAGGCGGUGAACGAUGAUCGUACUCACAAGGACGCGCCAUGCUCCAUGGACGCCAAGGCCGACGAUUCUCAACGGGUGGCAAAGGUGGACACCGCAGUGUGGGCCGACACUGACACGGACACGCUGCGCGCUCGGCUCGUCGACUCAAUGCGGCACUUGCGCAGGAUGGCAUCUCGGCGGCGCCAUCGGCAGAGGAAGCGAGGCUCGAAUAACAAGUGGAGUAUCGGGCCAGCGCUGGUGGCCAUCCUCCUGCUUGUCUCCGUGGUGCAGCUGCUGUUCAUACUCUGGCUGUACCGGAGGCUCCUGAAUCAAAACUAUACAAAAUGUAUGCUACUAAUCUCUUGGAGUCCUUGAAGUUUUGCUUCUCGAUUAUCUUAAGUGUAUGAUUUAGUAAUACAUACCUUGUAGGAUUGUAGGAAUCGUGUGGAGUUGAUUCAGCCGACA